CGUAAUUUGAUUACGUCAUGGGUUCAGUUGACUAGACAUAAUUCACCUUUAUAAAGCAUCGCCACUUUACAAAGAAGAGAAAACUAGAACAAAAACCAAGAAAUUACACAUAUAUAAGUUCUGAGGCAAAGUAAAUGUUCCUCUAGCUUUUUUUAUUUGAAAGCUAUAAAAUCUAGGAUGUAAAGUUUUUCUAAAUUUUGUAAAUAGGCAGCUAGUAAGGCUGGAAUAAAGUAUUCAUCAGCUAAGACAAUACUUUUUGCACAUAGAAAGACUUUUAAGGAUGAGUUGAUUAGAAAUAAAAUUGCGGCAGUAUAAAAUAAAAAUUAUAUCCUUAAAUAGAAUUCAAUAAAGGCAAAAUGUUGUGGAUAUAAAGUAAAAUAAAAUGGAGAUCCAAAUAACAUUUAAAUAAUUAGUCGAGUUGGUAUGUGA